UGAUGUGCGCAGCGCUUAAGGCGCGCGAUUUUGUAUUCCACCCAAACACAUCGAUUCAUCGAUUGUCAAUUGCAGCGCCAUUGGCGCCACCGCCAAUUGUCACUGCAAAUGUGUCAAGUGUUCUUCCGCCUUUCUUCUUCUUUUGUGAGCACAAAUGAAAAUAUUAAAAGAAUAAAUCUGCAUUCAUCGCGCGAAAUAUUGAACUAAAGAGAAUUAAAAUCAGUGAGAUUUAUAUAUCAAGGACUGUGUAAUAAAGGUGUAGGGAAAUUUGAGUGAGGAAAGUGUUUUUAUUAGAGAUUCGGCGAAGUGAAAGUCAAGUGGUGAAACCCAGCUGAUUUGGUCAGGACAAAGCAUCUGGCCAGCGACUGUUCCGGACAAUCUUGCUUGUGGGGGCACAAGAGAAAAAAUUUUUGCCCUUCGGCCGCAUCAGGCUUGAAGUAUAUUAAAUUUCCUUAAUUUCUCGUUAAAGGUAUUUCUUCCUACUGAAUCCAAAGGGGGCAUUAAUUGAGCAUUGUUUUAUCGUGCAUUUUCAUCUUUCUUCUAAAGGUAUUUCUUCCUACUGAAUCCAAAGGGGGCAUUAAUUGAGCAUUGUUUUAUCGUGCAUUUUCAUCUUUCUUCUAAAGGUAUUUCUUCCUACUGAAUCCAAAGGGGGCAUUAAUUGAGCAUUGUUUUAUCGUGCAUUUUCAUCUUUCUUCUAAAGGUAUUUCUUCCUACUGAAUCCAAAGGGGGCAUUAAUUGAGCAUUGUUUUAUCGUGCAUUUUCAUCUUUCUUCUAAAGGUUGGUUGGUGCAAAGCGUACCCAUUUUGGUCGCUUCGACCCUUCAAGAACCAGCGCAGAGGUCCUUCAUUCAUCAUUCAGUCCAUCAUGCUAUACAAAAGUCGAGGGGGUUUGAUGUCAGCUGUGACACGGGUGGAGAACUACGUCACGGGCCUCACAGAUGAGGAAAAGGAGUUCAUAGGCUACAAGAUGCAUCUCACAUCGCAGCUUAACCUGGUCAAAUCUGUGAAGGUUAAGUACUCAAAUACUCAGGACCAGAUCAUCGAUAAUCAGCCUACUGAAGCUGAGCGUACAACUGAGAUUGAGAACAAAGCAGCCUUCUUUGCUCGAUGUGAUGAGCUUGUGGAUAUCCUCGAGCAACUCAUUGUAGAGGCGCCAGACCAAAGUGAUCAAAGUGAUGACUCCAGGGUAGCCAAGGAUGCCUCAAGUGACUUUGGCCGCAUGAUGCUCUCAUUCAUGCAACAAUCGGAGAAUCGUCAUGCCCAGCAGAUGGAGCUGCUACUCUCCACGCUUACGGACACAGCAAGGGUGCCAGGAAAUUGCCCUCCAGAUCCCAAUCUGAGUGAAAUACCAAGGAACCAUCUCAGUCUUUGGCAACAUUGCCAGCAGCGUACACAGGACUUUGCCAAGAAGUUUCGUCUCUUAUAUCUUAACACACUUCAGCAAAGAGCGAAAUGGACAAGGGACUACAGCAACGUGAAGAUCGGUGAUGUUAUCCUGCUUCUGGAUGAAACUCAGAUGGGCAACAAGUGGAUUCUCGGACAAGUGGAAGAUAUUCAUCCUGGGAGAGAUGGAAGAAUCCGUGUGCUGACCAUUAGGACCACAAAGGGAACGUACACCAGACCAAUUACGAAGGUGGCACGCCUGUUUGUGGAAGAUGCUGAUCUGUGCUCUAAACAAUCUUCAGAUCAUUCAGAGCACACGGGGGAGGAUGUUGGAGAUGAUGUGCGCAGCGCUUAAGGCGCGCGAUUUUGUAUUCCACCCAAACACAUCGAUUCAUCGAUUGUCAAUUGCAGCGCCAUUGGCGCCACCGCCAAUUGUCACUGCAAAUGUGUCAAGUGUUCUUCCGCCUUUCUUCUUCUUUUGUGAGCACAAAUGAAAAUAUUAAAAGAAUAAAUCUGCAUUCAUCGCGCGAAAUAUUGAACUAAAGAGAAUUAAAAUCAGUGAGAUUUAUAUAUCAAGGACUGUGUAAUAAAGGUGUAGGGAAAUUUGAGUGA